GUUCCCUUCAAAAGACUAACAGCCCCACUAAAUAAACUCCAUCACCGAGUCAAUAGGUCCCGCACGAAACUCGGAAGGGAAAUCCUUCGGGAGCCGCAUCCGUAAAUAUGACGCUCCGUUUUCUGCCAUUGAUUCACCGUCUGUCGUAACUUUGUUUAAUAAACACUAACAGAUCAGCAGCACGGUGCAGGAAAGAUGACGUCACAUCACGUUAACUGAAAUACAAGUUAUGCCCCUGUUCAAGGUUCGCAAAAACAAUACAUAGAAGAGUAAAGCACAAAACAUUCAAUUCAUCCAGGUUAACUAUUUUACAAUAGAAUAAAACAUCCACGAGUGCAUAUAAAUUUCACUAGUACGAAAAAGUUGCCGGAAUUUAUAUUCACAUGUAAAAAGUGAUGCUCUGAAUAAUUCUGCCUACAUAAUGCUUAAGUAACAAGUACUUUUCACCACUGACCUUUCAACAGAAGAGUUCUGCAUCUGCAACCCUAACUCUUUAAUAUGAUUAUUUGUUUCCGUGCUGCUUCCAAGAACAAUUUAUUGUUAUGCUAGUUAUCACUGGAAAGUUAUUUUCUAACUUGUAGUCAUUCUCCCCCACAUGUGACCUCUUGUCUAUCUCUCUGUAAACACAGAGUCUAAAUUGUUACCACAUCUUACAGAUCUUAGGUAACAUACAGUAUAAUACUUGAAAUGAGAUGAGAAAAGUGUAUGUCUCGUGCCUACUAUUCUGCCUCGAUACCUCACAGACCGAUGAAAGACCUGAUAUUCCAUUGAUUCCCUUCAAACGAAAGCCAGCAAAAAUUACGUUGUUUGUCCUUUGUCUUGUGUUCUGCUCCUUAUGUGGUUGUUUUUGUCCACUUGUUUUCUUGGAUGUUGCUCCAUGGGGUGGAGUGGGGGGGUUAAUGGGGAUCAGUGCUGUUAACCCAGACUUAUACUGUGGAUUCACUAUUGCUCUGCUUUGCAAGAAUUAGAGGGGCUUACGGAAGGGAUCUACAGUCUUCCCGAUGGUGCACACAGUCACGGGUCUUGCUCAGAUGAGGAAGAACACGAAGACGGGGUCGGUGUAAUAACACGUGGGAUGAUCCCAGGCUCCAGCUCUGCAGACCCCUCCAGUCAGAAAGAGCCAACUGGGAAGGAGAGCAUCGAGAGGCAGCCGGAGGUCCAUCUGAGUGGCAGCGUCUCUGAGUCUCAAUGGCUGAAGAGUUCAGCGGAGGAGGAGGCCACUGAUGUCAAGAGGAUGACAACAUUGACCAGCUAUGAGGAGGAAAUGUCAGAGAGCAUCAGUCCUGAAAAGCCCAUGAUCACGUCCCAAGCUGAGGAUAAGUCAGGAGUGUCUUUCACCGAUAGUGAUGUUGCUGAUGAAGUUUCGUCUCCAGGAGAGGAAAACUCGAAGGGCAUGGAGAGGAUGGCCCUCACGGCUCCUCCUCAAUCCAUGGAUGGAGAUAAAAAACUUUCUCUUGAAAAGAUGCAGCCUCUGGCACAAGAAGGAGGUUCACCAGAGAGGACAGGACACAAGACUCCUGAGAAAAUCCAAAGCCCAGAUGGAGAGUCCAAGGGAGAUGCUAACCAUCCCAGUUCUCCAUGGGUAGCUCCAGUUAAGGCACAGGAAGUUGCAGACCAUGCUGAACAGGUGCCUCAGGUCCCGAAGGAAGCACAGAGCAAGACAGAACAUUCAACGGCAGUCUUUAAUGAGGCUACAGUGGAGCCAAAGGUUGAACUCCCACAGCUGGAAGAACCAGAAGAGCUUGUGGCUACCGCUGAGCAACCAACUACGGAGAAGCGUUCACGGCCCACAGAUGAGGAGCUCAUUGCAGCCGUGGAAGCAGCUCAAGUCUCAGAAACAAGUUCUGCUGCCUCACCAGAUUUAGUACACCUCGCUGCCACUCGCGUGGCCUCGCCCCCAACUGCGACUGAUGCUAAAUCCAAGAAAGGCCCCUCGCAAGGUGCUUCUCCAAGACGAAACUCAAGCGCUACAGUUUCUCAAAACAAAGCUAAGGACAAACCUGGGACUGAGAAAGACGCCACUAAGAAGGGAGACGGAAAGAUGGUCAAGGCAUCUGAGGGUGGACGACCCCAAGCUGCAGGAAACAAAACCCCAGGAAAGACCCCGGUGCCUGGGACUCAGACAGACUCCCCCAGGACCUCCCAAAGCCGCAGUGGACACAGCAGCCCCGGCACACCCAAAUCCCCCGCAAGCCGUGCCCAAGCCCCAGGGCAGCCGCAGACCAAGGAGGUAAAGAAGGUGGCAGUGGUACGCACACCACCCAAGUCUCCAGGAUCGCUGAAGAACAAUUCACCCGCAACCCUGGUACCCAUGCCGGACUUGAAGAACAUCAAGUCCAAGAUCGGCUCUACUGAUAACAUCAAGCACCAGCCCGGGGGAGGCCGGGUGCAGAUAGUUGAUAAGAAGAUGGAUCUCACCAACGUUCAGUCUAAGUGUGGCUCCAAAGACAACAUCAAGCAUGUCCCUGGUGGAGGCAAUGUGCAAAUUCUCAACAAGAAGAUCGACUUGACUAAUGUCCAGUCUAAGUGUGGCUCCAAAGACAAUAUCAAGCAUGCUCCUGGAGGUGGUAAUAUUAAAAUCGUUCACAAGAAGAUCGACUUGAGCAACGUCCAAUCGAAAUGUGGCUCCAAGGACAACAUUCACCACAAGCCAGGUGGAGGCAACGUGGAGAUAAAAUCAGAGAAGUUGGAUUUCAAGGCUCAGUCGAAGGUCGGCUCACUCCACAACAUCGGACACAUCGCUGGCGGAGGGCAGAGGAAGAUCGAGUCGCACAAGCUGCUGUUCCGCGAGCAGGCGAGAGCGCGCACGGACCACGGCGCCGAGAUCGUGUACAAGUCGCCGGGCGCGUCCGCCGAGGGCUCGCCCCCGUGCCUCAGUCACGUGUCGUCGGCGGGCAGCGUCAACAUGGCGGAGCCGCCGCAGCUCUCGACGCUGGCGGACCAGGUGUCGGCGUCGCUCGCCAAGCAGGGCCUGUAAACGACGCCGGGAGGAGCGAGCGAGCGCGCGCGCGCGCGCACGACAAGCAAACGCUAAAAGAAGAAGAUGAAGAAGAAGAAGAAGAAGAAGGGAAAAAAAAAAAGAAGAAAAAAAAAGAAGAAAAAAAGAAAUUAGAGGCGGCGAAGCCUCCUGCCGGGCGGCCUGCCCGGAACGUUUUUAAAACUCUGUGUGUGUCGAGUUUUCGUCGUGAGGCGCAGGUUUAAACAAGUAAAGAGCAGCACACUGAGGAAAAGCCCCUGGUUCCCUGUGCUAAACAUGUCUAACGUGCCCACUUUGUCCCCCACAAUGUGCGUACAACUCCAUUAAGUCCCACUGCUAGAAGUUUCCGGUCCCCGCAACGCUUCCCCGCGUCGACCCCUCCGAGUUAGUGCCUAACCGAGACCUUCGGUGGGUGGAAAAGGAACCCGGCUGCUCUUUCCGGCGACGGCCCGUUUCUCUUCCAACUCCUAACUUUCCUACAUACGCGUGAGGCCGUUUCGUUCUCGUUUCGGCAGAGAACGAGUUACUCCAGACCGCAGUGACGGGUAGCCUGGCCAACUCUCCUCUUCUUUCUGCCGUGUCACCUUGCAAAGUAGUGGCCCCCUGGGAAUAAUUUGGACUUUUAAGCGACAUCCUGCGAAACGCUGAGGCGGAAGAUGACAGGAAAAACCGAUUCCACUUCUUCUCAAGUUUUGGAGGGAAAAAAAAGUCUCAUUGACCCCUGUACAAUAUAGCUAUGGGGGGGAUAGCCUGGGCUUGGGAAUUACACUUUGCGUUACACACUUUCGUCACAAAAGCAAAACGCGAGAGAAACGACGACGAUGACGGCGUCGGGCACUAAACGCCAACGAUUUUUGAGGGGUUCAAAUAGAAUAUGAGUUUGGCACUUCCAAAUGAAAUUCACGAAGGUGAUUUGUUAUUUUCCAUCACGUAUACCCUUAUCAGUACGUUUAGUGUCGCCACGGCAACAUUUAUUCAUACUUAGGCCUUUAGACGACAUAAAGGAGUGCUUUUCUAAUCAACACCUAACUACCUAAGCGGUAUUAUAAUCUACUGGCAGUGCUGCUCCUUCCUCAUGCUGCUCUUAAGUAGCACCUCUCAGCUGAAUAAAUGGUUGGUUGAUUUAUUGAGACGGGGCCCAGAAGGAAUGGAAACGGAUCUGUAAUUUGGGGCAGGUUCAGUUUUAAAUAACCAUAUUACUGUGAGCGAACAACAUUAAUGUGGUAUGCAUUUGCGUCUUCUUGGUCCGGCCCUGGGCGCCCUCGUUGAUGUUUACUAACCAAAACUUGGCUGGUUAUGUGUUAAGUUUAAUGAACCGGUUUUACAGCGUCCCAGCUUGUCAAAAGCCAACAAGCAUUAAGGCAAACGCAAGUAGCUCUUCGAUGUUUGAUGCCACGCAGCUGAUUCCCGUAGAGGAAUAACGAUGCUUUUGGAUAUGGUGUUGUACAUUUCAAAAGAAAAAACCCUGAAUGUUUCUGUGUUACGUAUUAUUAUUUUUCCCUUUUCAUCUUCGGUGUUGGUCUCGGUGGAGAGAGCGAGCAUUAUCGAUUCAACCUGGCAUGCCAAAACAUCACAUUGUAGUUUUAGAUUGCUAUUAGCUCUUAGAUUUAGCUCUCUGCAGUUUUAGCUGAGUAGUACUUGGGAAACUCGACAUCCGAAAUGGUGUAGUUAAGUUUUUCAUGUCUGCGCGAUACGAGUUAUGGCAGUUGACUGCGAACAAAAAAUAAAUAAUAGAAACUAGUACUGUUCAUAUUAGCUUGUACACAUACUUUCCCUGUAGCAUUUUUAAAUAGCAGACUGGACAUAGAGCAGUUAUAAAACACAGGCCUUAAGUGAAAUGGUGAUGGUUGCGAAAUUAUGAUCAUCGCACAUAAACGGACCAUCUUUAAAAGAACGGAAUGAUUCUGCAGACUUGUGCCACGUUACCUUGACGACUGAAAGCUCCCCCCGAAAAAGCAGGUUAAAACAUUUGAAUUUAUUCAAGUCUACACACAGAUUUCGUAUGAUUUUAAGAGAUCAGUUUCUUUCUAAAAUGCCAACUGCCUGGGUGCAAAGAGAUCAGUAUUCUGGCUUCAAAAGCAAGUUACUUUGGUAGCUUCCUACUGCAUGGAGUCUACACUCCAACUUGUCCACUGACUGAUCGCUAUACAUGGCAAACCACUUUGAGCAAAGCGUCAGGAAGUCCACGCGCACAUCUUCCCAAAAGCCAAGUGUUUACAUUUUGACGGUUAUCGACAUGGAAAUCAAUGGCAAUUUCCAAAAAAAGCCACAUUUAACAAUUGUCUGCGUUGCGUUUUAUGUGUAUUUAUACAUUAGAUUAUAAUGCAUCACAAGGUAAAGACAUUGAACACUGACAAUUUUUCCCAUGCGGCCCAACAAGUUUUUCCAUUGUGUGGCAUUUUGAUUUUUUUUUUUUUUUUUUGGCAGCACAGGAAAUUUACUAUGAUAAAAUGGAUCCAUGGAAGAGGGUUGGUACCACUUACUGGAUUUUGGGUUACAUGCUAAAUAGGGAACAGUAAAGUGAAUAUUCAUAAAUAGAACUUGGCCACUGAGGUUAUUAAAAGGGAAAUGCUUUUUGCCCAGAGGUCGUGAUAGCUGCAUUUGUCAAACUGUGCAAUACCUCAGAACACUGGAUGACCAGACUUGCCAACUUGCCAUACCUCCUCUUUCACAUCUCCUCCAUUUUCCCUACAUACCAUAGUGCUGCUUAAAAAUAUGUGAAACCCUUGAGUUUUACUACAAAAUGGUAAUUUAAUGAGAAUCUGUGUUUCUCAUGUGACAUAAUUGUGUAAUGACCAAUUCCAUAUGUUGCUUUAGAGGAGA